GCCAUCGAAAUUAGUUUACUUUUUUUCAACAAUGCAUCAUCGUUUAACUUCAGGAAAUUAUAUUUCUGUAUUACCUAUUAAGUAAAUACAGUACCGUAGUUUUACAAUACUUUGCCGUAGUUUUACAAAUAAAUUACCUGGUAUCGCGUUAAUUCGUCCGCCUGUGGUUGUAAUCGCGUUAAUUCGUCCGCCUGUGGUUGCAGAAUUACAGUUGACAUAACCAUACAGAGAAAAUUAGCUGACAGUCAGACAUAUGCUCGCUUAAUCACAGCAGUAAUGGAGUGUGAAAACAGGAGAUUAAGGAUAUCAUCUGCUGACUGAACAAUAAAGGCGUUUGUUAAUGUUUUCAGCAUAUAGACUUACAAAAAUAAACAGUUUCGCACCAGCUGAUUUUAGUCUUGGCGACCGAGCGGAACUUAAGGAUAUGUGGAAUACCAUGGAUGGCUCGGUACCCAUGCUGCAUUAAGCGUCACACGGCCCUACCCUAAGGAAUGGGAGCCGAAAGACAUUCUUUAACGGUUCUGGGCUCGGAAAACCGAGCGGAUUUCACUACAUUGGAACUGGAACUGACAAGUGCCAGAUUUUCCGAGGAUAAUCCACAAGAAAUCCGUAGAAAGAUCGAACCAUGGUGUGUACCGAUAUCCCUUGUCGCUAUUCUUAUAAUACUAAUAAUAUCAUUGCCAUUGGCCACGGACAAAAAAGAACGCAACGCCUACAAAUACAUCGCGGAACCAAUUUGUAACGAAACAUGCCGUCCAUAUUUAGUGUUACAACCACAAGAACCGAAUUUGGUGGAACUCAUUUAUUUGGCCAAUACUUCCACUGAAAUCUUGGUGCCAUCGUUGUCGUUGUUAAAGAAAUGGUUAGAUCUUGAUCUCACGGUAUCUGCUGACAGUAUUAUCGCACGCAUUAUGCACCUUGUCAAACAUGCCGGCAACUCGCUGCAUUCUUUAUCCAUAAAUAUAUUAACUAAUGAUGUUCCAACAAACGUCACGGCCACAGAUGGCUGGACCAGGUACGAAACUUCCGGCCAAAUAACAUUUGCAUCCGUACAUCACGUCAUAAGGAUGAAAAGCAUUGCCUUGCCCAUUGUAACGCCGGUCUGGAUAAUCGACAAACGGCAUUUCUACCUGAGUUUAUCGUCCAGCGGACUACGCGGUGAAAACUGCCCGUGUAUUGGCGGGAAGCUUGCUCGAAUCUUUAAUUCGUUCUGGCAUGCAACGGUAUACGGUCGUGGAACGGGAUCGGAGAUCAGUCAGAGCAGCAUAACCUUUGAAUCGAAAUGUUUCAGUGGGCCAGAGACAGGGCUGCUAUCCGUAUCGCCGGAAUUCUUAGCGGAGCGUGUCGUACUGCCUUCAAGUCUGCUAAGGCUGAUUAAAGUGCUGGAAAAUGCAUCAGAGUUUCUGUUGAUGAUCGUGCCCGGAUACUCUCCAACUGCAUCAAAAUCUGCCAACGACACGCACCGGAAAUAUUGGCCAUUCGUGGACAAUGCCAUCCGCUCCACACUGCAUGAUCGCAGGUUGUCCAUAAAGAUGCUGGUGCUGUCGCCCAACCCAGCAGUUGAUCAGCCGUAUCUGCGAUCACUAGCUGCUCUUGGUGACCUAAACGGACAAUCCAUAAGAAUUAAAAUUAAUAAAUUGGAAGAACGUGCGAAAUCACCACAAGUGUUCCCUGUUGUCAUCACAGCACACGCUAUCAGUUUAGGCAUGAUCCACAUUGCCGGCAAUUCUUAUUUCCGUUCCUUGGGUAUCAGCAUUACGUUGUCACGUACUCGUAAUAUUACGCUGUCGAAUGAGCGGUGUUUCGGCGCGCAGCAUGACUACCUGCGGGCCAUGUCCGUACAUUUGGAUAACGAUUUCAUAGAAGAUGUCUGGCGCACAGGAAUGGACACCUUUCUAACAAUGUGGGAGGAUGCAUCCGCCGAGAAUGUCUUAUAAUGAUACUAGAAAAUUUACUACUGGGAUUUCGGUUUCGUCUCCAUAUUAUAUGAUUGUUUGAGUUCUAUCGAGACGCCUAAAAUAAGUUGUUUUUCGGAUGGUAGCUUGAUCUGGUUCUAAGAACAUGCUGAAAUUUUACAAAUUAUUCUAACACAUUAGCCGCACGUGUAUGUAUAAUUCUUCUGGGUUAUUUUGUA